AUGGCCGAAGAAGGCUGUCUCGAGAAUCCAUUCGCGGCGGCUCGUGCGGCGCCGGGUAGGGAGGUGGUGGAGGCAUUCGGGGUGGGAGAGAAAGACAGUGAAGAGGACCUGGGACUAAACGACGGCCGUCCCGGCUUGUUAGCAGCAGAUAGCUGUGACUGCCGCCGUGCUGGAGAGUAUGGCAGGCUGCCGGUGGACGCAGAGGCAACCGGGCCUCCCUGGCCGGCAGCUCCUCUGUCUGGCCACAUCUUCGCGCUGUCUGUCCACUCUCGACGCCGGUCUGCAUCCAAACGGGCUCCUAAACGCGCAUGUCUCAGGGCCCCCGGUGUCGCCGUCGCUAUCGCUAUCACUGCUGGCGUCUCUGUCUCUGUCUCUGUGUCCGCUGCCUCGUCCUCGUCUCGCCGUCGUCCUGCUCGUCCUCUCGUCCGCCCUAGAGCUGACUAA